AGAGAGAGAAAGUUGCGGGGAACCAACGAGCACGAAGGGGGACGAGCCUGCAGCAUCAUUUCCAGAUCAAAAUCACACGCAGUUACACGCACUGACAUAUACAUACACGUAUUUGUAUGCACACGCUCGUCUUCAUUGCCAUGCUGUAGCGGAAAUGCCUCUAAUGGAGUCAGGUGAAUAUGCAAUCAUUGAUUUGAGUUGAGGUACCUUGUGCAAUCAGAGGCAAAACCCUAGAGGAGCUGAGGGAGGAUUUUCAAAGUCACGAGCAGCAAUUUCUUCGUGGUCAAUCACAAUUGAGGAGUUUGCAUUUGGUCUUGAGUUCAUGGAGGCAGUAAAUUGUAGCAUUUGAACCGGGGGAUGCAUGGGUGCGAUUCACUGUCUGUGCUCUUAGUAAAUGCCGAAGUUGAGUCUAUGGGAGGAGUUGUCGAAGGUGGAGUUGGUAUUGCUCACAAAACUUCUCUCAGACGAGCAGCUAUCGAAAGGAUCCAAGGAGAGCUCAGGCAAGAGUAUAAUGUUCGGGAUAAAACGAAAAGAGAAUUAGAGUUUCUUGAAAAAGGUGGAAAUCCCUUGGAUUUACUUAAGCCCGGAGAUGCUGCUUCAGUUAGUGUUCAGUCAACUUCGUUGACCAAUCAACAUCAGGAUCACUUUGUUACCAGUGAAGCAAAAGGCAGUUUUGCAGUCACUGCAUCACCCCAUGGAGACUCAGUGGAGAGUAGUGGUAGACUUGGGGUGGAUGCUUGUGAACCCAAUAGUGCUGAUAAUCUUAUGCUCUUUUAUGGUGAACAUGAGUGUUCUGAGGGUGAUAAGAUUUCAUUACAUCCUAGAAGAAAUAAAAUUGUGCUACCAGAAAAGUUAUCUCAGAUGGAUGGGAGUCAUAGGACUCGGGAACAUGGUGAUUCAGUUGCUUUUUGUGUACCUAGAAAAGCCUAUAAGAGAAGGAAUAGGUCCCGUCCAAAUCGUGAUGGGAUUAGAUUGAGUUCAGUUGAUGUAAAUACAACUCAUGGCAGUGAUGGCUCUUCCCUACCUUCUCGCCAUGACAAGGAGCUUAAAGGACAAAUAUCGGAUGCUGAAAAUCAGAUUAUAUCAAUAAAUAGUGAUUCAAAGCCUAUGUGUGCUAAAGAUGGUGUGAAGUAUGGAAUGGUGGACACGCAACAGGAUAUAGAGUUAGGUGAUAGAAAGGCUGUAGAGUCAUCUAAAAACCUGCUCGAACCUGUUCUUGUGGAGGCUGCAUCAGAUGCUAUUGCCUGUAAGGUUACUCUGGAUGAUCAAUGUAAUCAACAAUCACACUGGAAUGCUUUAGGGACUCCCACUCAAAUGAUUUUUGAUGGAUCUGAGGCCAUACAGACAAUGGAAGAGAUGAGUUCUGCAGUUAAUGAUUGCCAGAAAGUUGAGCCUGCCAAUAAAACUGAGAAUGAAUCCACUUUCUGUCAAAUAAAUGGUAACAGCAAUGAAAAGGAUGGGACAAAAUUUGAUGCUCAUAACACGACUGACUUGUGUGGCAUGAAGGUUUUGGAUUCUUCGUUAUCUUGUGCACAAACCAACAAAAGUUUUGAUGGAAACAAUGUUGGUGGUGUAUGUAAAAAAGUUACAAAUGCCGAUGUAAAUGUGCCAAUCAAAGAUCAGACUAUACCCUCAGAGGGAAUGGCAUUGGUAGAAAGUCAUGAGCUUGCAAUUGAAAAGAGACAGACAUGGGGUGUUGGUGGUUGUGCUCUUGACGACCUGGAAAACUCCUCAGCAUGUCUAAUGCAGCAAGAGAGUGGCUUCAAACAGAAACAUGAAGAAUUGAAUGACAAUGGAUCUGCUAUGAAGAAUGAGAUGAAAAAUCAAAUUGUUAAUGACGCGAUGGAGCCUUCUUCUGAACCAAGGGGGUCAGAAUCAGGAAUAAAAACUGAUCCUGUUUUGGAUGGCAAUCUUGGAUUACGUGAUGAAAUUUCAUGUGCUGUUAAGAAUCAACAUUCUUUUUAUACUUCAACUUCUGAUUUCCCUAAUGAUGGAUCUUUGACUAAGAAUUCUACUAUUUCCCUUGAGGCUCAAACUUCUUCCUGUUCAAACUCAAAACCACAGCUAGAAAUUGAUGAAGAUUCAAUCUUGAAAGAAGCACAAAUUAUCGAGGCAAAACGAAAGAGGAUUGCACAAUUAUCUGCUGUGACAUCUGUGAGAAAAAUGCAUCCAAAAUCUCAUUGGGAUUAUGUGCUCGAAGAGAUGGCAUGGUUGGCAAAUGAUUUUACUCAGGAGCAUUUUUGGAAAAUAGCUGCUGCGGCUCAAAUAAGUUCUAGAGCUGCUUUUGCUUCUAGGUUGAGAAAACACGAGAGCAAUUCUCGUAUGGAGGCAAAAAAAGUUGCUCAUACCUUGUCAAAAUAUAUCAUGGAGUUCUGGCAUUCGGUUGAGGCAAAGACCGUAUUACCUGAGCAGGAAAGUAAAAGGGAUGACACCCAUUCUGUUAAGGCUUAUGCAGUGAGAUUUUUGAAACAUCACAAUUUCAAUGUUAUUGAUAAGCAAGCUGAGGUAUCGGUGACUCCAGAUAGAGUAUCUGACACGGAGAUCCUUGACCUCUCAUGGGAGGAUAAUUUAACAGAAGAGAAUCUCUUCUAUGCAGUCCCCGCUGGGGCCAUGGAAACCUAUAAGCACUCAAUAGUAUCACAGGUUGCACGGUGUGAUAACAUAGGAAAUAGUGCUCAAGAGGAAGUGGAAGAAACUUCUGCAUAUGAUGCCACUGCAGACUUUGAAUCUCAAGAUAUUACAUAUGAUGAGGAUGAGGGGGACAUAAGCCCAUAUAACAUGCCAAUGGCCUUUGACAAUAGCAAGUCCUCUAGAUUUGGCCAAAAGAAGCGUAAACACUUGAUACGUGGUUAUGGGGUGAGAUCAUACGAAGUAAGUUCCGACAAAUUGCCAAUGCGAUAUGCUGAAAAUAAAGUUGUCAGUCAACCAGCCACUUUGAUGGUGAAGCGACCAGGUGGCAGUCUUAAUGUGUCAAUUCCAACAAAACGUGUCCGGACUGCUUCCAGGAGAGUUAUCAGCCCAUUUAGUGCAGGAACCUCUGGAUGCCUUCAGCUACCUAAUAAAACAGAUGCUUCGAGUGAUGAUACCAAUUCAUUUCAGGAUGAGCAGUCGACUCUGCAUGGCGGAUCAUUUCUUCCAAAUAGCUUGGAAGUUGAGUCAGGCAGGGACUUCAAUAAGCAAUUGCCAUUUCACUCAGCAGAAAUCGUGACAAAACAUAAGAAGAGGAAGAGACCCAAGCAUCUGAAUGCUUCUUACGAACCAAGAUGGCAGGUUGAUACUACCUUCCAAAUAGAGCAGUUUCAGAGGGAUAACAAUAACAUAAAGAAAAGUCAUCAACCUGAGCCUGAUGGCAACAGUGGUUUAUUUGGCCAACCCGUGAUAAAGAAGCCAAAGGUUAUGCGUUUAUCACAAGAUAACUCUUUUGAGAAUAUUGCUCCUGGUUCUGCUCCUUCUCCAGCAGCCUCCCAAAUGAGUAACAUGUCUAAUCCAAAUAAAUUUGUUAAAAUGCUUAGUGGUCGGGAUCGGGGUAGAAAGCCAAAGAUCAUGAAGAUGCCUACUGGGCAGUUAGGUUCAGGAAGUCCAUGGACACUCUUCGAGGACCAGGCACUUGUUGUCCUGGCACAUGACUUGGGCCCGAACUGGGAGCUUGUUAGCGAUGCUAUCAACAGUACUCUGCAGUUCAAGUAUUUCAUUUACUUGAUUUCUGUUAAGAAUGAUAAUCAGGACCCCAAACAACUCCAGCAACCUCAUGGAUCUCAUGCAUUUGCACUGUCCCAAAUCUUCCCGAACAACCUGAAUGGAGGCCCCGUUCUAACCCCUCUGGAUAUCUGUGAUGCCACUAUUUCUGGCCCGGACAUACUUCCCAUUGAUUAUCAAGGGUCACAUCCUGGUGGAUUAGCCGUUGCAAAUCAGGGUUCUGCGACUUCGAUGCAUCCUGCAUCUGGUGCCGUUUCUGCACUGCAAGGAUCGCCGAAUAUGAUGCCUGGCAACAACUUUUCAUCUUCACCAGGCUCUAUGAGAUAUGUUGUUCCUAGACCUGCUUCAGCUGACGAACAGCAUAGAGUGCCGCAGUAUAACCAUAUGAUGACUAAUAGGAAUGUGCCACAGCCUAAUCUCACUCCUUCUGGAGCUCUUCCAGCUGCUGAUCGUGGUUCCCGUUUACUUCCUGGUGUAAGUGGCAUCGGUAUUAGCUGCGGUGUUACUAGAAGCAUGCCAAUGACAAGGCCUGGGUUCCAAGGCAUUGCUUCAUCUAUGGUUAGCUCUGGGAGUAUGCACUCUGGAGUGGGUUCUGGUCAAGGAAAUUCCAUGUUAAGACCUCGUGAACCUAUGCACACGAUGCGGCCUGGCCUGAGUCAGGAUUCGCAGAGGCAAAUGACGGUGCCUGAGCUUCACAUGCAGGCCUCACCAGGACACAGCCAAGUGCCUCACUUUGGUGGAUUGAGUUCGGCCUUACCAAAUCAGACUGUGUCUCCACCAGUAUCCUCGUACCCGCUCCAUCAUCAGCCGUCCCAUCCAGUAUCACCUCAGCCUCAAGUCCUUAGUCCUCGUCACCCACAUUUCCAGGGACCGACUAAUCAUGCCCCAAAUCCCCAACAGCAAGCCUAUGCAAUUCACUUGGCUAAAGAGAGAAAACAUCGUCUUCUGCAACAGCAGCAGCAGCAGCAGCACCCAGUACAGCCACAGUUUGCUGCAUCUAGUUCUUUGAUGCCACAUGUUCAGUCACAGUCUCAACUCCCAAUAUCACCUACAGUACAGAAUAGUUCACAAGUUCAACCCCAAUCAGCUACACCGCCGGUAUCACUUUCUCCGUUGACAUCAGUUUCUUCAAUGCCCCAGCAUCAGCAGAAGCAUCAAGUACCAGGUCAAGGAGGUGCACGGAAUGCACAAGCUGGUGGGAGCGGGCUAGCUAAUCAGACUGGCAAGCAACGACAAAGACAGCAACAACAGCUUUCGCAAUCUAGCAGGCAACAUCCUCAGCAGCGGCAGCAUUCACAAGCUCAACAGCCUGCUAAGGUUGCAAAAGGAGUGGGGAGGGGUGGCGUGAUGAUGCAUCAGACCAUUCCAGUUGAUCCUUUGUUAGGAAAUGGGGUUUCAACAAGUCCCGGGAAUCAAAGUUCUGAUAAAGGAGAUACAUCCACUCAUUUAAUGUCAAGUCAGGGCCCAUUUUCCAAUUCUCCGCUAAAUACUGUGCAGCCAACAGGGCAAUAUGUGUCUCCAAGGCCACCUAAUCAGUCCCUUACACACCAGAAGAAUCAUCCAUCCGCCAUGUCUAAUUCAAACCACCAACAGACAUUAUCCCACCAGAAAUUAGUGAAUCAAAACAAAUUGGCUCUUCAAAGACUGCAGCCAAAUCGCCAGAUAGAUUCUGAUCCAGCAAAACCACAAGCCGUAGAUUCUGACGCCGACCAGCAUCCAACAAGCAGCUCUAGUGAGAUGGUUUCCAUAACAACAUUACCUCGGACCACUAGUAAUCCAACUUAUACGGCAAAGGCUGUCUCUUCAGCCAAUACUCACCAAUGGCAUUCUUCAGAACAAUCAUUGGAUGGACAUGCAACCAAUAUGAGUCGCACAGUGUCAAUGCCAGCUAAUGCUGGUGAGUCUGCUACGCAGGUGGGACAAGAGCUUGGCCAGAGGCCAUUGGCCAGCUUGCCUUCUAGUAAACAUGAUGUUAGUGCACACUUCCAGCAGCAUCAGCAGUCGUCACAACUUCCACAUCCUCAUUCACCAGCGUCCCAGCAGCCUCUAUAUCCUCAGCAGGGGCAGCUGCUUCAUGCAAGCGAAGGCAAUAUAUAUGGUCGGCCCAGUGACCAUAGUGUGGAAUGAAGACAAGCCAACAGAUUGUGCAGUGAUUAUACUGCUACUCAUGUCUGGUCAGCACGCUCUUACACACCAUUGUACAGUGAAGCUCGCCUUGUGGCACGAAGAAAAUCUGACACGUUAAUGAAAUCUAAGAGCUCUACAAACACAGACCCCGGGCUGAUCAAAUUUUUUGGCAACAUGUAUAUUAGAAGUGCCUCUAGGGCUUCGGGAAGAUAGAGACAGAUAUUAGAGGUAGGUGUACAGAGUCUUGUCUCUUGUUUCGCUUCCUUUGUUCUUAUGCCCCUUUAUGUUAUUGUGGUGAUGUCGGGUAGCGGGGCGUUUGUUUUAAGCUGCAUAGAUCCGUGAUGCAUUGUUGCCUGUAGGGUAUCGUUAUUAUGGCCGAAGGAAGGCUAUGGGAGUAUUUUGUGAAUAUGAAUUAGUGUUGUUGUGCAUAAAUCACACUAGUGUGUAGGCAAACAUUCCUUGAAAUAGUGGUUCCAUGCAUCCGUUGUAUAUUGUUGUUGUAUUUUGUUCAAGAUUUGAACAAUGAGGAAAUCAAAAGAUGUGCCCAUGCUAUUUUCUUACUCA